GCGAAUUGCAAAUGGAACGGAGCUAAACAAAGCGAAAAAAAGAGAGAAAAGGAGCUUCACCUUAACCCUGAGAGGGACUGAUCAUUGGCCGCAGCUGCUGGUGCAAGUGCCUGGGGCAAGAGAAGGAGCUCCGGCUAGACUUGUGCCUGCACCCAGCGCCUUACUCGCAGCAUUGCCACCGUACCCCCCGGGGGAGGGAAGCCAGAGAAACCCCUGCCAAGAUGGUGAAGCCGAAGAAGGUAGCUGUGAAAGGCAUAGCCGCCGAGAGGCAAAGGAGGACGGGGGCCAUCCCCAGAGUCACCCCGCAGCCCCCCAGCCCCAAGAAGGCUCCAAUCAAGAAGGUGGCAGCGAUCAAGAAACAGGUGGAGGAGAAGGGCAAGGAGGAAGAGGAGCAGCGGCGUGAGGAGGCUCUACUGCUGGACCUGGGGGGGCAGAGGGAGCGCUGGGUCAACUUUGUCAGGCAGCAAAGUCUCAGCACUGAAGAGGCAGCUAAACUUCUACUGGACUCUUUCGAGUACAAGGGCCUUGUGAAGCACAGCGGAGGCUGUCACUGCGGAGCCGUACGAUUCGAAGUCUGGGCCUCUUACGAUUUACACAUCUUUGACUGCAAUUGCAGCAUUUGUGUGAAGAAGCAGAACCGACACUUCAUUGUCCCAGCAUCCCGCUUCAAGUUAUUAAAGGGAGCAGAUAACCUCACUACAUACAAGUUCAACACCAAAAAGGCUCAGCAUGCAUUCUGCAAGACCUGCGGCGUCCAGAGCUUCUACACACCGCGCUCCAACCCUGAUGGCUAUGGUAUCGCCCCACACUGCCUGGAUGAAGGGACCGUGCGCAGCGUUCAUGUCGAGCAGAUCAACGGGAAGGAGUGGGAAAAGAUGAUGAAGGAGCACAAGACCAUCCGCAGCAUGUCACAGUCAUGAGAUGCCCCCCCCCCCCCCCCCCACUCAGUUGCUCUUUGUCUUAGUCCACUACUUGUUUUAUACAUUUGGCCAUUGCAGCCUGUCUUCUUAACUUUUAGUGAAUAAAACCUUUUCUAUAGACUUACUA